CAGAAGAGAGAGCGUCACAGUGAGACAAUAACCAUCCAUAAACUCAAACCAUUCUAUCCUCACAACAGACCACAACAAUGUCUACGUCGCUCUCACUCUCAAACUUCUUCUCCUUCCUCUUACCUUCCACUCCUUCUCCACCCAAACCCUCACUUAUCAACAACCUUUCACUCCUUUCCCAGAAACCCAAAAAUGGUCUUGUUUCAUUCUCAGCUCAAGAGCCUCAAUCUUCUUCAUUAUCCACUGAAUUGUCAUCUGUUAUAUUCCCUUCUCUUGCUAAUGCAAAUACACUUUUCUUCAAAUCUGCUUAUAAUAUUCAGGUUAUUGUGGAUGACAAUGAACCUGAAGAAAGGCUGCUUAACAGGUUCAGAAGAGAGGUCAUGAGAGCUGGUGUCAUUCAAGAGUGUAAGAGAAGGAGGUUCUUCGAGAAUAAGCAAGAUGAGAAGAAGCGUAAGUCACGCGAGGCUGCUAAGCGUAAUCGUAGAAGGCGUCCUGGGUUUAGAUUUUCACCGCCAAACAAGCAGGAAAUAUCUACAAAGAAGAGGGAUGAGGAUGAUGAUGAUAACUGGGACAUGCCAGAUGGAGACGUUCCCAAUUGAUCGCAUUUUACGAUGCCUUUUAUUUACUAAUCUUUGUCUUUGAGCUUUGGCACUUUUGUCUGUCCAUUGUAAGUUGAAUUAGGAUGAAUAUUGUCACUUGAAUUGCUCUAUGCAUAUUUUUUUGCAUAAA